CCUUGUGGGCAUUAGAAUUCUCAUGGUACCACUGCCUAGUUGUGCAUGCUCAUUUUGAGAGGUAAAAGUGUUCACAGCAUAAUGCUGAAAACAUACAUGUCCCUUCAUCUUUAAAUCGCACGAGACAUAAGGGUUUACAGUGCAUAAACCCAUUCUGAAUAGGUUGCUAAAUUGGUACUAAAAGUCAAAUAUAUCAGCUGCCUAGGGAGCUGGACAGCAGCCAAGCAUCCCAAGUUCAACAUAUACAGGAUCCCUGUUUGUUCUUCCUCAUAACAUAAAUUAUUACAGCUACUGUAACUGAAAGAUUCUAUUAAGGCAUCUUCCAUAACGUUUGCUGUUAAAGUCUCUCCCCAGCUAUUUAAGCUGAUUCUCAUUUUAGCAAACGGGGAUAAUACUCAACAGAGUAAAGUACAGCAAAAUAUUCUGGACUGAAAAGUACAACAUACAAAAUAUUCAGUGUACUCUCAAGGCAAAAGGCACAGAAAGUGCCAGGACUACCAAAAUACCCGUUUUGAGCCUCUGCAGAAAUUUGACUGGAUUUCUAAGUGUUCAUAGCAAGGAUAUCACACAGAUUCCCAAUUUUCACUUUUUCUAUUCAACUGUGAGUACUGUGAAAUUUGACCCUUGCUGUGGUCACCUCAGCAUCAGACCACACAAAAACACAGCUCAAGCAAAAUUACUUGAAAGAGUAAUUUAUGUUCACCAAUUAUUAGAAGUUUAAGCCACAUUUCUGGAAGACGAACCACUCAUUUCAUGCAAACAUCACCUCUGAAUUCUACCUUUGUUCCCCAGUCUCUGAUUUAAGAUAGACUAAUUAGUGCAUUUUCCAAGCAUGGCAUCUCCACUGUAUAAAUACAAAGCAUUUGGUUAUUUUAGAAGUUUAAAGGAAAAAAAUAAAGCCUAAUACAUAGAAUAUUCCCAACGUGUCUUUGGCUUCUAUAAGAACUCUACAGUACGUUGGUCAAAACAGUAACCUACAUGUGGUUUUCCAGAAGGUGAAGAGUAUUAUGAAGAGUUGUCAUGGCCUGUAUCACAAUUGUUUCCAUCAACAUAUUGCAGAGAAAUAGAAAAUGAUGAGAUUCAUUCAUUAAGCCUUUGUUUAGAUGAGAAAAUAACUUUACUUGCAAGUCUGCCUUAUCAACUGCUUAUUUAAAGAUCUGGCAAAUCUCAAAUUGGCUGUUACAGAAUUACAGGGUUUGAUCGACUAUAAACUGCUGUAGCAGAUAAAUAUGUACAGCAAGCCAAAAAAAACUAAAACAAAAACAAAAACCUCCACAAAACUGAAAAAGGCCUAAUAAAUAAGCAGCCACAAUUACCUUUUCUUUUAAAAACAUAAAUCUUGCAGUGGUUAUUGCUAAAGAUUUGAGUACUUUGAACAUGGUAAUAAAUACACUACAGAUCAUCAUUUCAGCUGCAAUUCUAAACAGUAAAAAGGUUGUCCUGGUCACAGAUGAACUAUCCUUAUUCUUUUCCAGUUCUUCAGCCUAAUCACCUCAUAGGUUAGGACAGAAUGCAGAAGUAUUCACUACAGCAAAGACACCAAACAAAAUUUCUAACCUCAGAUACCUUACAGCUAAAUCCAUCUUUAGUUACUAAAAUAAACAAUUGGACUUACCAAUAGAUUGGUCACUUGUAUUAUCUCUCCAUAAAAAUCUGAGUAUUUAAGCUACUCUGUAGUCUCUCUCUUUGGUUCCCAGGAGACUGCCUAUUAACUUCUACUUUCAGGGCAAUGUUUUCCAUAUCAUAGGCUGAGGAGCCAGAAAUACAUCAACCUAAUUUUGUCCAGUUGUAGUCUUUUUGGAAGGCUAAAGAGACCCAAUAAAAAAGUAGUAUUUGUACCAUUUGCUUUAAAUAGCUAAUGUACCACAUUCACUCCUGAGAAACAGCACAAACAUAAGUAUUCAUCAGGUUACUAUUCUAUAUUGAGCUAUAUCCACACUCAGUUAAUGAAACGGGUCAUAUACGGUACCAACCGCUCCCAAGGUUUUGCAGAGUUAUGUUUAUGAAAGGUUAACAGCAGGCACUAAUACAAGUAUCAUGACUCUUUUCAGGCAGUAGGUGAAACCUUGAAGAAAAAGUGGCUCUGUCUUCAAAAAAGUGACCUGACCUUUGCUUUGUGUUUGUGCGUUCCACGUCGACCCAGACCUUGCCUCCUGCAGUACGCGCCGUCUCGUGUCGCGUUGCGCGGGCGCCGCUCGGGCUGCUGCUGACUCGCCCUUGUUGGUUUCCCUGUUGUAGGGGAAAGGCUCUAGGGCGGCAGAUAAGGCUGUUGCCAUGGUGAUGAAGGAGAUUCCGAGGGAUGAGGCUGCAGAGGAAAAGCCCCUCCUCACUAUGGCGUCACAGCUAGUGAACGAGCAACAAGAAAGCAGACCCCUUCUGAGUCCCUCCAUUGAUGACUUUCUCUGUGAAACUAAACCAGAAGCUGUUGCAAGGCCUGUAACUUCAAAUACUGCAGUAUUAUCAACAGGUCUGGAUCUCUUGGAUCUUAGUGAACCUGCCUUACAAACCCAAAACAAAGCAAAGAAAUCAGAGAAUCCAUCAAGAGGUGAAGGCUUAAAAACUUCAGCCCACAGAAAGAAGACAGACAAUUCUGACCUUAUCAGUGUGGAUGCUGAACAGAAAGUUCAGACUGUCAGAGUUUCAGACAAGUCUUCACUAGAUUUAGUUGAUAUUCAGACACAGAUUGAGAAAUGGGAUGAUGUCAAUUUUCCUGGAGACAGGAGCUGCAAGGUUCAUCCUUCUGCAGAACGAACAUCAUCAUCAUCAUCUAGAGCUCAAUCAAAAGAGCUUUUAUGGUCCACUGAAAAUAGAUCACAGUCUGAGCUGACUAAUGUCAAGAGCGCUUUCGACACUGAUUCAACAUCAGAACUAGAAGUAGCACCUGCAAUACAGGUGCGAUCAACUAAGGAGCAGCGUUGGGGAGGGCCUCUUCUCUCAAGAAAUCACUCAUUGGAAGAGGAAUUUGAAAGAGCUAAGGCAGCUGUGGAGUCAGACACAGAGUUUUGGGAUAAAAUGCAAGCAGAAUGGGAAGAAAUGGCUCGCAGGAACUGGAUUUCAGAGAACCAAGAAGCACCAGGGCAAGUCACCAUCUCUACCAUUGAGAAGGGAUAUUAUUUCCAUACAGAAAACCCUUUCAAAGACUGGCCAGGUGCUUUUGAGGAAGGACUGAAAAAAAUGAAAGAAGGUGACCUGCCUGUUACAAUCCUGUACCUGGAGGCUGCUAUUCUACAAGAGCCCAAUGAUGCAGAGGCCUGGCAGUUCCUGGGCAUAACACAGGCAGAGAAUGAAAAUGAGCAAGCAGCCAUUGUCGCCCUCCAAAGGUGUUUGGAACUGCAGCCAAAUAACCUAAAAGCUCUGAUGGCACUAGCUGUAAGUUAUACUAACACAGGUCAUCAACAGGAAGCCUACCAAGCUCUACGAAACUGGAUAAAGCUAAAUCCAAAAUACAAGUAUAUAGUGAAAAGCAAAAAAGGGUCCCCAGCACUUACCAGGAGGAUGUCUAAGACAUCAGAUGAAAGCUCAUUACUUGAAGAAGUAAAGGAUUUAUACCUGGAGGCUGCUCACCAGAAUGGUGACAUGAUAGACCCUGACUUGCAGACAGGACUUGGAGUUCUUUUCCACCUGAAUGGAGAAUUUAACAGAGCAAUAGAUGCAUUUAGUGCUGCUUUAACUGUUCGGCCAGAGGACUAUACGUUAUGGAACCGUCUUGGAGCAACCCUGGCAAAUGGGGAUCGAAGCGAAGAAGCUGUUGAGGCUUACACACGUGCUUUAGAAAUACAACCUGGCUUCAUUAGGUCCAGGUACAAUUUAGGCAUAAGCUGCAUCAACUUAGGAGCAUACAGAGAGGCUGUCAGCAAUUUUCUCACUGCUCUCAGUUUGCAAAGGAAAAGCAGGAAUCAACAGCAGGUUCCCCAUCCUGCUCUAUCAGGCAAUAUUUGGGCAGCACUUCGAAUUGCUCUGUCUAUGAUGGACCAGCCAGAACUAUUUCAAGCUGCCAACGUGGGCGAUCUAGACAUUCUGUUAAGAGCUUUUAAUCUAGAGCCGUAAUACAAAGCAUCCACAAAUUAAGUUAUAUUAGGAAGCAGAGAACUCUUUUAUUACUCAUCUCAAAAUGAUCACAAUUUAAAAAAGAUCACGGUUGUAGAUCAGUAGGGGAAUUCUCUCAGAUGUUAUUCAAAAAAUAAAAGUUCAAAAGCACAAAAUAUUCUAAAUAUGCUCAGACUCAAAGGAUCCAAAUGAGCAGCAGCUGAUCUGAUGAAGCCCUGAGUUAGAUGAAGAUCUUCAUCCCAUGCAAGCUCUCUCUCUCUCUAUAUAUAGUCACACAAACAGAUAUAUGAAGAAAUAUAUGAAAAACAAACCUAGA